UUACGGUACAUACAUUAAGUUUCUGUUCAAUAUCAAGGGAAUUGGAAAAAUGAAGCAACUAUUUAUAUUGUUAUUUAUAUUUACAUAUGAAAUUUGUACCAUAUUGUGUUUUCCAAAUGGUGAAAUUAAACACUUGGGACGAUCAGUGGAACCUCCUAGUCAUAAUGCUUCAUCGGAGUUUACAACUGUAAAAUGUGAUACUAUAAGUAAAGAAGAAAAUGAUAUUUACAAGUUGGAAAUUCGAGGAAGUGUUGUUAAGUUCAGCGACAUUGAUGAGAGUGUCUGCAAAGGGAAAGUAAAAUAUUUGGAGAUAUUUGCAACAGAUGAAAUUUUAAUAAAUCAAGAUUUAAUUCGUCCAGGAGAAUCUUUCCAGUUGGUGGUAUUUGCGCCGAAAAUAAAAAUUUUAGGACCAAGAUUGAUAAAUUUGACUGGAGCACCUGGCAGGGAAUGGAUACCAAGUGAUGCAUUAAAUGGACAAAUGGGAAUAAACGGAAAUAAUGGAUAUGCUGGCAAUCCAGGUGGACCUGGUGGUGUAUUUUUUGCCCUUGCGGAUGAAAUCGAAAAUAUAGAUUCACUUAUUGUUGCGGCUAACGGAGGAGUAGGUGGCAAUGGUCAAAAUGGUGGCAGCGGUGGGAAUGGUGUUCAAGGAGAAAUUCCGAAUAUCGGCGAAUCAAUUGAGACUGUUGAUGCUUUAUUGGAAAAUAAAUGGAAUGUUUGUACGGAUAAUGUUAGAAAGUGCAUUGUUGAGGGGGGAAUGGGAUCUGAUGGUGGUGAUGGUGGAGAUGGUGGUGCAGGUGGUAGGGGAGGAAAGAGUGGGCAAAUAUUUUUGUACCAAUUGAGGGAAAGUGGUCCAACGGAAGAGAAAAUGAUAACUGAUGAUGGUUCUGAAGGUUCGCCAGGAAGUGGUGGUAGGGGAGGAAAGGGGGGUCAACACGGUGGUUAUGUAGAAAUGUCCUGCUGUUCAGAUCCUGGAGAAAUAUUAAAAGAAGUGAUCGGUUCAUUGAAGAGUGUUAAUACUUUUGCUCCAUCUGGUAAAAAUGGGACAGAUGGUUCGAAUUCGGAGGCACUUGUCGAACCCGAAGACUCACAAGUUUAUAGGGAAUUACCGUACGCUGUUAAUGAUUACAAAAAGUUUCUUCUCUCAGAAAUGAAAGACAAAACUAAAAGGGGGAAACUAGUUCUCUUCUAUGAUCAAGUUGUUAACAACAAAAUAAUUAACGAACAGUACCAAGCACUUAGUCUUUUGGAAGAAUUAUUAGAUCUUGAAGAGCUGUACUUGAGCUUACCGUCUGUGGUCAUUAGCCCUUUGUACGAAUCCCUAAGAAGCAGAGUUCAAAAUUACAAAAACAAUUCUCAAGAAGAUACAAAAAAUGUUGUCAGUUUUGCCGAAACGAUCAUUAACAACACAGUCUCAAAUUUCGAAAAAUUAAACGAUGACAAAAUUAACAUACAACAACUGUUGAGUAAUCUAGAACAGAAUUUAGACACUUUAUCAAAAAAAUCGAACAAUACCGACAAACUAAACAUGGAACGAUUGGAAAUUAAAAUCAAGAAUACUUUCAAAUUCAUUGACACUAAAAUUAAAGUCGAAUUAUACAAUCUUAAAUUCACAAUCCAAAAGAUAGCUUUUCAAAUAAUUGGAGAACAAAUCCCCUUGAAGGAAAUAAGCAUAAAAUUGAGUCACACUCAUUUUCUAUUGUCACUAUUAAAAACUGUUGCUCUAGCAACGGGUAGUCUAUCAUCCUAUGCAUUAAUUUCCCUCAAAGCAAUUAACACACAAAUGGAAAUAUUUUCAAUAAAUUCUGAUAAUUUCAUAAAAUUUCAAAUACCACAGGAGAUGAGAAAUAAUCUUCAAAUGGCAUUUUCUUUCGUCGAUACUUAUAAGACGAAUGGCUAUCAUUUAAUAACACCAAAAGGUAAAAAUUCUACCCUAUCAAUGUAUCAGGAAAAAUUUAUAUCUAUUUUACUACCACUGAUGGAAAAGUUAAGAGAACAAUUUCUUGACAAUACUACAGAUUUCAAAGUUUCUGAAUUUCACAUACCAUCGUUUCUCACAAAUCUCAAACAAUUUUUGUCGAAUGACGUUAAUGUGAAUCUAAAAUACAUCGAAUUUAACGAAACUCUGAUGGAAAUUUUCUAUCAUAGUAUCGACACUCUAAAAGAAAUUUACAUUGAAAUCGAAACAUACGAAAAGAGAAUGAAACUCUCGAUUAUUUCCUCUAAUAAACAAUUAGAAGAGAAAAUCAAUCAAAUAAAAGAUGUAAAUUUAGUAAAUUCCGCCCUUGUUCAAUAUCAAACCUUGUAUAACUCCCUCCGACAUUUGUCAUCCGAAAUAACUACAGUUACCAUUGAAAAUCAAAGAAAAUCCGAAGAAAAAGAUCAAAUAAUCAAUAAAGUAAAAAAUAAUUUAAAAAUAAUACAAAAAAUCCUACAGACUAACUAUGGUAAAUUAACCGAAAAAGUGGAAUCAGUUUACUGGAAAAAUGAGACAUCAAAUAAUUUAAUAUCAGAUUUAUUGGAUGGAAAGGAAGUGACACUAACUUCUCAUAUUGAAAAUUUGAUAAAAAAUGAAACAUUCGUCAAUAUUAAAGAUAUUCGAUUCUUUCUAAAAGCACAAAAUGACAGCCUUCAAAAUAGUUUAAAUGAAAAAUUGAAAUUUUCUCACAUCAAUAUUUCGUAUAUUAAUGGAAAAUUAUAUAAAUGUGAUGAAAAUGUUGAUUUUAUAUUAAAAGAGGCAUUUAAUUUCACUCAGUCCUUUGAACUUGAUUCAGAGAAUAUUACUGUAGACGAAUUUACAAAUGGGAAUUUUAUAGUGAGUCCAUUUGCUAAAUGGAGUGUAAAACUUGGUUUAAAUCAAGGAAAUGUGCCGUUAAAUUAUUUUCAACAAUUUAAAAAUAAUGUCGAUUUUAUUUUAGUAAUGAAAACAAUUAACAUGGGAAAAAAUGAUUAUGAUCGUUUAUGUAAUGCCAAAUUGAUGGAAUAUUCAAUUAGCGAAUAA